UUCGGAGAUUCCCUAUUCGGACAUCCAAAAUGCAGCACCCUGUACAAGUAUUUAAGCAGACUUUCAUUGUAACCCCAUUUAAAACGAACAAAGUUUCAAGUCUUUUUCUUUUCCAUAAACGUAGGCUUAAAAUCCUUUUUUCUAUUUUAAUAAACGUAUUUGAUCUUUGACAAAUUACAAAAUACUCAAACUUGUCGCUUUUAUAAAAGUAUUUUUUGCAUAAUGUGAACUAGGACAGAAGAAAUAUUUAUUACCAAAAUCUAUGGGAUAUGUAUGUAGUAAUUGACAUAUCGAUUUCUGUUUCUGCUGAUAGAAAAAUACUUGGAAGUUUAGUUACGUGAUAAAUGUCGAUAUAUCUUAUCAGUUGCAGUUUUUGUAUCAAUUUGAUUGAAAGCAGAAAAUAAGUACAAUUUAAAGCAGUUUGGAAUUUUAUUUGAGUGGUGAAGAAUUUGAUUAUGGCAAGAAAUCAAGCAAAACCAAUUGUGGUUGAAAAUAUACCAACCUUUAGGAGGAGUCAGUCACCUUUGGACGUUUUCGUCAUUCCUGAACUCUCUCAAAAAAGAAAAUUAACCGACGUACCCUUUCUUAUAACACUAGGAAUAUGUGUUGUGAUUUUGAUGGUAACAAUGAUAUACACUUUAUGUUAUUCGGAUAUAAACCGAGUUUUGCAUGGGUAUGACUACUGUGGUAAUGUUUGCGGUGAAAAAAAUAGUCCUGUUGAGGGUAUACCCUGUUCGGGUCAAGAUAUGACAAACAAACCAUAUCUAGAAGGGUCGACAUGUGUUGAGAAUUGCAGGUAUUCAGACACAACGGAAUGUAGCGCCUCGGAUGUCUUUAAUGACUUUAGCAAUGAAGGCACACAUCUAGCAAUACUUUGCUGCAUUGGACUUGUUCUUUCAAUUAUCGCGUUGUUAUGCUUCCGCUAUUUUGUGGACGUUUUUGUUUGGACUAUGCUGAUAGGCGCUGUUUUACUGAUGUUUGCUCUCACAGGGUUUGUUUGGUAUCGUUACGCCCAGGCUGCAACAUACGAACGAACCAGUUUUUUAAUAUCGGCCAUCAUUUUAACAUUCUUCUCGGUUAUUUUCUCAUUAUUUAUUUUAUUGCUAACGGUUCAAAUUAAAUUGAUUAUCAGAUUUUACGAGGAAACUAUCAAAAUAGUGUUUGCGAUGCCUCUAGUUCUCCUAGAACCUGUCUUGACAUUUAUCUCGCUUUUUGUAAUUGUGGGUUUAUGUCUUUACACAUUUGUUUUAAUGGUCCACGCUGGCAAAUUACAAGAAGCUGAUGAUCAAUACUCGCAUGAUAUGAAAAAAUAUGAGUAUGUCCCAGACGGUGGUAUGAUUUUUGCCACAGUUUUUGCUUGGAUAAUGAUGUUAUGGAUGGUGCAGUUUGUACUAGCAUGUCAACAAAUGGUUAUUUCGGGUGCUGUAUCUAAUUAUUAUUUCACACGGGACAAGCUUGCUUUGGUUUCACCCAUUUAUAGCAGCUUUUAUAAUUUAAUUCGGUACCAUCUUGGUUCCGUCGCAUUUGGUUCUUUGAUUAUCACAGCUAUUAAUAUACUUAAAAUAAUACUUCGGGCAGCAGCGCGAGAAAAUGGAUGCAUGCGAUUAAUUUAUAUUUGUUGUUUUAGACCACUGGAAGAUUUGGUAAAAUAUAUGACAUCGAUGGGAUAUAUCGUAACAGCUAUUCAUGGUCAACCCCUUUGCCGAUCGAGUGUCCGUGCUGUCAAUUUAAUUAUUAGUAAUUUACUGAGUGCUGUAGCAAUGAAUUCGAUUGGGAAUUUUGUGUUUUUUAUGGUGAAAUUGUUUGUGGUUGCUAUCACUGCGCUGAUUGGGUAUUGGAUGAAGCUUUCCGUUCUACCUAUCGUAAUUGGAGCUGUGGUUGCAUUUGUGUGCAUUCAUUGUAUCUUCGUUGUUUUCGAAGUUGCUGUAGAUACAGUAUUAAUCUGUUACUGUGAAGAUAACUGCGUCAACAAUGGUACUAAUCAACCGUUUUAUGCAACUGUAGAAUUUUACCAGCAGGUUAAGCAGGCGCAGGCUUUGACAAAAAGUAUUGAAGCAAAGAAGAAAAAGAAGUGAGAUAAUAAAUUGCGUUUUUUUCUAAAAUUUUUAAACUUCCUGAAGUAUUAUGUAUACCUAACUAUAAUUUUUUUUUAUAAUAUGUGUAGGCCAAUAAAAUAAAAUAAAAUAG